AUGCGCCUGAGCCUGCUGUUAUGUGAGAUCCACAGUUGGACGGUUGGAGGUGACGGUUGCUCUCCAGACUUUGUGGUUUGUGUGAGGAGGAAAACAGAGGAAGCAGAGGACGAGGAGGAGGAAGAGGAGGAGGAGGAGGAGGAGGAGGAGGAGGAGGAGGAGGAGGAAGAGGAGGAGGAGAGACAGGAGCUGAGGCUUGUCUCUGUGCGCCUCUAA